AGCACAGGGCAGGGGGAGUGUGUGCCGAGGAGCCGGGGAUUAAGGCAGGUUCAGUUUACGUGCCCGCCCAGUGACAUACUUAGGAGCCUAAAUCAGGUUGACGAUGGUGCGUUCCGGCGCUCACGUGUGUACCGACCCACCGGCUUGUCUAGAUGCUGGGAAGGCACCUGUCUUGUGAGUGGCUGCGGGCGUGGCUGCCCCUCGGACAUUCAGUUUCUGUAAGAUUUACCUCUGGGGGCCUAGUACCUUCCCCGAGCUCCGGAGGGGAACGUAAGAAGUUUAACGGAGCCGAGACUGAGCGGAUCAGGGAGUGGACCGGCAGCUGGGCCGGAGAGGGUGGGAACUGCGGGUGCUGGAGGGCAGGAAACCAACUAUUUGUCCAGUCUUCCCAGGCAGAAAGGCCUUUUGGCAAGACUAGUGUGACAAAGGUGGCUCUGAAAUGCCUAGAGAGCCUUGGGCAAUGAUGACCACUGAGUGAGUGGCACUGGACUGAGCUGGGCAGUUUGUUGACUGACAGAGAGGGAUGCUAGCAGUGAGGAAGGUAAGGAGGAAACUCAGGAUGGGGACCAUCUGUUCCCCCAACCCCAGUGGGACAAAGACAUCAUCGGAGGUCUGCAAUGCCGACUGGAUGGCCUCGCUGCCCCCUCACCUCCACAACGUCCCCCUUUCCAAUUUGGCAAUCCCAGGCUCCCAUGACUCAUUCAGCUACUGGGUAGAUGAGAAGUCUCCAGUGGGGCCUGACCAAACCCCAGCUAUCAUGCGCCUCGCCAGGAUCUCCUUGGUGAAGAAGCUAAUGAAGAAAUGGUCUGUGACUCAGAACCUAACCUUCCGAGAACAGCUAGAAGCUGGGAUCCGCUAUUUCGACCUGCGUGUGUCCUCCAAGCCAGGGGAUGCCGACCAGGAGAUCUACUUCAUCCACGGCCUUUUUGGCAUCAAGGUCUGGGAUGGGCUGAUGGAGAUUGACUCAUUUCUUGCACAGCACCCCCGAGAGACUAUCUUCCUGGAUUUCAACCACUUCUACGCCAUGGACGAGGCCCAUCACAAACGCCUGGUUCGCCAGAUCCAGGAGGCCUUUGGAAACAAGCUGUGCUCGACCUGCUGCGUGGAGAGCCUGACACUGCAGAUCCUGUGGGAGAAGAAGUGCCAGGUUCUUAUUUUCUAUCACUGCCCCUUCUACAAGCAAUACCCUUUCCUGUGGCCCGGAAAGAAGAUCCCUGCGCCCUGGGCAAACACGACGAGCGUGCGCAAACUGAUCCUCUUCCUGGAGACCACGCUGAGUGAGCGGGCCCCGCACGGCGCCUUCCACGUCUCUCAGGCGAUUCUCACCCCCAGAGCCAAGACCAUCGCCCGAGGCCUGGUCGGUGGCCUCAAGAACACUCUGGUUCACAGGAAUCUCCCUGCCAUCCUGGACUGGGUGAGAACACAGAGGCCUGGAGCCAGGGGUGUCAACAUCAUCACGUCCGACUUCGUGGACCUGGUGGACUUCGCCACAACUGUCAUCGACCUGAAUGACCUCCUGCAGGAGGAUAGAGCUUUGGCUAAAUGCUGAUUUAAAUUUUUAUUUAUCUUAAUGUUGAAUUUGUGGAUCCAGGCUAGAGUUCUGAAGGGUUUUCUGUUAGGGUGGCCCCUGGGCAGUGAUGGUGAAUUGAGCAGUAAGAAGGGGGGUGUUUUUACAUUUCCCCCUCCUCACAGGGCCAUUUGGAUAAAAUUACAGACCUUUUAAUGGCAUUUUCCCAAUGAAACUUUUGAAAAACUGAAGUCCAAGGGAAGAAAGCAUGUUUCAAGAGAUCAAGGCCAGGAUGUCUCAGUGGCUUAUGAUGUUGAAUGUAAUAUGGAAAUGGAGUCUCCAAGAUCCAUUGGGGUAUUGAGUGUCCCCUUACUAGGCCUAGUUCCCCAUUGUCUUCCAGGAUGUUGUGUUUGAGUUGGUGAGAAAAUUAAACCAGAAAAUCAUUCCUGGUCAAAAGAAUGGCUUGUUGCAGGUGUAGACUGCCCUGUGGGGUGGCUCCAUCAUCAAGCUUGGCCUUUGAGGGGAGAAAGGGCCAAGUGCCAGUUCUCUCUAGACAUGUUGAAUGUCACCACUUCUCCCGAGAGAGCAAGAGUGUAUCUCCAAGGAAUUUCAGCCACAAGCUGUUCUUGCAUAGUUUGUGUGUGGUAACUGGUCAGCUUCCCUCUUUAGAUAAAGAGUGCAUCCGGCCCUUGGUGUCAGAAAUGCGCUUCCCAGUUUAAAGCAUCGAUUCCUUUCUCUCUCUUUUGGCCCCUUCCUAAAAGUGAAAGGAACAAAGAUGGGGGAUCUUUUCAUCGUGGGGCCCAGCAACAGAUAGACACACAUGUUGGUUGCACGCCAGAUGUGUUUUUAAUUUAAUUCUGUAGCUUUUCCCAAAAUGGCUGCCAGGGAAGCACCUGCAUCAUUUUGGCAAAGUCCUCUUUGGAGUGGGAUCUUCAAGCCGGAUCUUGGAAUUGCAUUUCUUUGUUGUCUGCCUUGGACUCGGGUCUGUGACGUGGGCCACACCGCUCACAGAAGGUAGCUUGUCUGACACCGUGGAGGCAGACACAAGACGCCUGGGCAAGUGCAAUGGAUUUAAGGAGGACGCGCCAAGUGGGUUUGGAGCCAUUCUGUAAUUCCUUGAAAACAAGACUACCUCGGGGACACAUAGGAUGACUUGGAUGUCAUCAAGUGAGAACUACCCAGUGUUGGAACAUUUCUAGUUUGUCUUCCUUGUUCUAAGCCUUGUAAUCACCAUGGCAUGAGGGCUUUGAAACUCACAAGGGGACUUUUUUUUUUUAAUU